ACAGAGAAACUAAGAAAAGAACCAUUAUAACAGUUCAGAAGGGAGGAACUGUGUAUUAAAACUGCAGACAUCAGCGCUAAUAUAGCUGGUGGACUGGUUUAGACUGCUUUGGAAAACACAUAUCUGACAAGCUGGGUUGAAAACCAGUAACGUACUGGGAGCUUGUGGGGCUGUAACUGGUUUAUUCCAUUUUCCAGAUGCUGUGCAAGGUGCACACAAACCUGUAUCACUUUGAACAAUGAACAGAGCCGAAUAUAGAAAUACUGUAAGAAUCUAAAACUGAAUGCCACACGUUUGGACUAGAAGUAUUUUUCUGUCUUUAAGUUCGACUUCGGAAGGGAUUUCAUGGGACUUGGCGAGCAGCCUUUGGUUUUGACCACAUAAAUACGAGAUUUUUUAAAGCAGUUCCAUCCUGCGAGUUUACGGAGGGCACCUGAAGGUCUGGAGGUGUGCUCACAGCGCCCCCGUCAGGAUGGAGAUGUUCAAUGAAGCUGUGGAGUACCUGCUAGAAUACGGCAUACCUGUGGUUGAGGAUGAUCAUUUGGAUCUGGAGGAUGUGUUUGAUGGGGAGUGUGACAACGACUUCCUGUCUGCUGUCGACUCUCCCUUCAGCCCUGCGCGUUCAGAGAGCGCUGACUUCAGUGACGGUUUGAGCGAGGGUGACCCUGAGAAGAUGCUGGAGAGAAGAACGCUGGUCCUGAAGAGCAUUCUCUGCAGUCAGCAGCUCUACCUCAGCGAGCUCGAAGCGCUGCUCAUGCCAAUGAAAGCUCUGAAGGCCACGGCGUGCACCUCGCAGCCCGUGUUGACCAAUGAGCAGAUCCAGACAGUGUUCUUCCAGGCCCCCGAGCUCCUGGCGCUGCACAAGGAGUUCCUCGAGGGGCUGCGUGAGAGGCUGCAGCAGGGCGACCCCCACCAGGGGGUGGGAGACCUCUUCCAGAAAGUGGUGAGUCAGCUGGGAGUGUAUCGUGGCUUCAUUGAUAACUAUGAGAGCGCAAUAGCGACGGUCCGCAAAUGCACCCAGACUGACGACAGGUUCAAAACACUGGCUGAGAACAUGAUGGUUUUCAAAGAGAGCAGUAACUGCAGGACAACGUACACCUUGGAAGCUCUUUUGUACAAACCUUUGGACAGAGUCACCAAAAUCACAUUGGUUUUACAUGACCUUUUAAAACACACCCCCGAAGACCACCCUGACCGACCUCUGCUACAGGAAUCACUUCGCAUCUCCAGCAGCUUCCUGUCGGGGGUCAACGAGGAAGUUCCACACAAGAAAAGCGCUGUCACUAUCUCCAAGGGAACGAUUUGUCAGCUGGUGAAGGACGGGUUCCUCGUUGAAUUGUCCGAUGGCAGUCGCAGUCUGCGCCAUGUCUUUCUCUUCACUGACCUGAUACUCUGUGCCAAGUUCAAGGCAGGCCGGCAGCCCCAGUACAGGUUCGCCUGGUACCUCCCCCUGCCAGGCCUCACUCUCGUCCCCGGGCCGGAGAGCCAGCUACCCCCCGACACGCAGUGCAGGAUGAACCAAAUGAAGCAGAAGGCCUUCCGUCUGCGCCAGGAAAUACAGCUGCAAAGGAAGGGCAGCAGGGUCCUGUCUACUCGCACCAUAGACAGAGCCCGGAAGAAACUGCUGGACUGUGAGCUGUGGAUUCUGAGCCACUCUCCCUGUCUCCCCCUGGAGUUGCACAGCCACUGUGGGAAGAGCCACACUUUACUGCUGUCCUCACUGUACGAGCUGACAGAGUGGAGAGACAACGUGGAGAGGCUGAGAAGAGAGAGUUGGGAACGUGUUUCACCAGACUUGCUCAAUCUCACAAACUCAUGUUUCAAACUCCGGACCACACACCACCCUCCUCUAUACAGCACUCUGGAGGACAGCGGUGAUCUGGGGCUGUGUGGGACUCUGUGUGUGGUAAUCCACAAAGCAACACAACUGCAGCAGCCUGCAAUAGAUCUCGCUAUCUUCCUGGAAGUGGACAGCUUUGGGUAUUUUGAAAAUAAAGCUCAGACCAGAGUCUUAGUGGGAGCCCUGACACCCAGCUGGGAGGAGGAGUUCUCUCUGCAGGUGGACGGAGCUCAUGACCUGCGUCUCCUAUGUGUCCAGCAGCCAGGCAGAGAGGACAACUGGACAGAGGACAGAGUCCUGGGGAAGAACACAGUACAGCUGGAUGCCAAGGCCCUGCUGAACAAAUGGAAACGCAGCGUCGUUUCACUGAACCAGAUUGAGCUGUCUUUCUCCCUGAAGUACGUAGAGCACAGCUUGCAGCCCCCUGGGAUCCCCUCAACCCAAUCAAGCGAGGUCUUCAACAUCCACAUUGAGCUUGUAGCAGAGAGGGAAGGCAUACUCGUGCCCCACAUCGUGCGCUACUGUGUGGAGGAGGUGGAGAGGAGGGGGCUGGAGGAGGUGGGGAUAUAUCGGAUAUCAGGGGUGGCAACGGAGGUACAGGCCCUGAGGACAGCCUUCAGUACCAAUCUGCGCGACGCUCUCGUGCGUUUGAAAGCCGUCGAUGUGAACGCUGUCUCCGGGACCCUCAAACUGUACCUCCGGGAGUUGCCGGAGCCCCUGCUCCCUCCACAAUACUUCCAGGCCCUGGCAAGCGCUCUGGCCUUCGACGACCCCCUUGAGAAGCAGCACAGGCUGCUGUUGGUGCUGCAGAACCUCCCCAGUGUGAACAGGAACACUUUCCUCUUCCUGCUGGAGCACCUGAGGAGAGUCUCACAAAACCAAGAGGUCAACAAGAUGACCCCCCAGAACCUGGCCACAGUGUUUGGACCCAGCCUCUUGCGCCCCCCUAAGGAACCCUUAGGUGAGAGCGGACUGUGUGUGGACAUCUCACAGGAGAUAGUCGUGCAGGUGCAGGUCGUGCUUAAUUACCUGCAAUGCAUCAACCUCCCAGCUCCACAGAUAAAGCUGCAAAGACACUCUGCUGAGUUGGAGGAAAUGACCGAACAGAAGCCAUAAAAAUAUCUAUUUCUCUGCCCUGAAAGCAGGUCACAGAAUGCUGGUAGAAUAAUAAAUCUGGAAGAGCAACUGAAAUCUCUCUGUCAGCAACGGCUGUAAAGAAAUUAAACAUGUAAACCUUCAAAACAAGAAUCGUUUUCUUAAACGAAUGGGGUUGACAAGCCCUUUAAGUGCAGCUUUGAAACCAGGAUCAGGACACACACAGCUGGAAAUCAGGUGGACUCAGGACAGAGGGAAGGAGACUCUUCCUCACACAGAGUGGUGAGGGGAUGGAAUGGGUUACCUAGUCAUGUUGC